AUGCCAAGCCAUCCAAGUCAAGUCAACCUCGACGACCAUGACAACUCAGAACGCAAAUCCAGGGUAUUGGGUCGGACUGAGAACCAGUAUGAUAGGACUUUAAGAUUUAUGGAAUUUGUGAGCAAAAAUACACAAGGUCGGCUGGGAGAAUUUCCUACAUCUGAAAUAAUGGAGGGAUUUCGCCGGCGGUUCGAGUCUGCACUCCGUCUACAUCGUGAUUAUGAUAUGCCGACUCAUAUAUCCACAACAAUUCAAGAUUAUAUCGCGAAUAAUCUUAAAGAAACUGUCCUACUUUGCGAGGAUGAAAUGCCCAAAGACUCUGUAUCACCUAACGAUCUCAUGAUUAUUCUAACACACCUCUGGUGCUGUGAUUUCAAAGAGUACCGCGAGAAAUACCCUGACAGGUCGCGAGUCCAGCUUAGCGCCUUUUUGCUGUUAUACUGUUUUAUGUCAGCAAGGACUGGAAAGGUGCAUGAAUCUACAGCUCAUCGAGAACUGUCAUGGAAGAAGACGAGCUUGAGUACCAGUUAUGGCGGUGAUGAUGGUGAUCUUGAAGCUCGUAUUCUAGCAGUAUAUUAUAAGCACUUUAUACUUAUUAUUGAGUGGGUGAACGGUAUCAAGAUACUUGUUCUUACAUAUUCCUGUGUCUAUCAGCUCCCAAUUCAUGGGUUCUAUGAAAUAUAUAAAACAGAGGCUCCUCUUUUUUUCAAUCUCUUGAUGUUCUUUCUCCCUAUGGCAUGCGCAGAUCGCGCCUUCAUAGACUAUAUGUCUGUUGGUGAGAUCAUGGAUGCAGCUGAAAACAUGCAGGUCGAACUUAGACCAGAGAUGGAAAACAUUCCCAUCUUUCGGCCAUACGAUGAGCAGGCAGUUGAGGAUUCUACUGGUUGA